AUGCAUUGUCAAGAUUUUCGAUCGCCAUAUGGCACAUUAGUUGACUGUAGCAAUCGAACGCGAAUCAAUUGUUCAGAUGAACAACGUCUGCUAUACUUUCUAAUGAGAAAUUAUUCCAAUAGUGUUCGACCAGUCCACAAUGCUAGUGUACCGGUACCAGUGAAACUUGGCUUAACAUUAACGCAAAUAUUUGAUAUGAUGGAGAAGAAUCAAAUAUUGAUAACAAAUGUAUGGCUUGACCAAGAAUGGCGUGAUGAAUUUCUUCAAUGGAAUCCUGAUGAUUUCAAUGGAAUUCGUCGUCUCAAUCUCCCAUCGAAACUCAUCUGGUUACCAGAUAUCGUUCUCUACAAUGUAAAAGAAAGAUAA